AGUAUUUCACAUAUUUCCUUAAUUCACAGAGAUACUUCUUAAGUCUUAUGCAAAUAUCAAUUGUUAAUCAGAAAUAGAGAUGUCGGAGGAAGAGAGGAAGAUAGUGAAGAUGUGCUCGUUGAAGAAGAAAGCGAUAAAUGCAUCAAACAGAUUCAAGAACUCAUUCAAGAAAAAAGGUCGGAGAAGCAGCAGCAGAGUCAUGUCCGUUCCGAUUGAGGACGACAUUGACGCAGAGGAUCUUCAAGCUCUUGAUGCUUUUCGUCAAGCUCUUGUCCUUGACGAGCUUUUGCCAUCCAAACUCGAUGAUCUCCACAUGAUGCUUCGAUUCUUGAGGGCAAGAAAGUUUGACAUUGAGAAAGCUAAGCAAAUGUGGAGUGAUAUGAUUCAAUGGAGGAAAGAUUUCGGCGCUGACACAAUCAUUGAGGAUUUUGAGUUCGAAGAAAUCGAUGAAGUGAUGAAGCAUUACCCUCAAGGCUAUCACGGAGUUGACAAGGAAGGAAGACCGGUUUAUAUUGAGAGAUUAGGUCAAAUCGAUGCUAACAAGCUACUCCAAGUGACAACAAUGGACCGGUACGUGAAAUAUCAUGUCAAAGAGUUCGAGAAGACUUUCAAGGUCAAGUUUCCUUCUUGUUCUGUAGCAGCAAAUAAACACAUUGAUCAGAGCACAACUAUUCUUGACGUGCAAGGCGUGGGGCUUAAGAACUUCAGCAAAUCUGCAAGAGAGCUUCUUCAAAGGCUUUGCAAGAUUGACAAUGAAAAUUACCCUGAGACUUUGAACCGGAUGUUCAUCAUCAAUGCGGGUUCUGGGUUCCGGCUCUUGUGGAGCACAGUUAAAUCGUUUCUUGAUCCCAAAACCACAGCAAAGAUUCAUGUUCUUGGGAACAAAUAUCAUAGCAAAUUGCUAGAAGUCAUCGAUGCUAGUGAAUUGCCAGAGUUCUUUGGAGGUGCUUGCACUUGUGAAGACAAAGGAGGUUGUAUGCGCUCUGACAAAGGUCCAUGGAAUGAUCCUGAGGUUCUCAAGAUCGCUAUAAACCGCGAAGCUAAAUGCUCACCGAUUUCAGAAGAUGAACACAAGCAUGUAGACCAAGGAAGAUCAACUUCAGCUUUGGAAAGUCUUGAGGGAAUCAAGAAGAAAACCAAUGGAGAUAAUGUGUAUGAGAAGCAAAUCACUACCAUCGACAAGUCAAUGGAUAAGGCAUGGCCAGCAAAAACUCAGAAAGCUGAAAACUUUCCAAUCUCUAAAGGGGCACCCAAUAAAGGAGAUGGAUUACUUGUGGGAGGGGUCAUGGCCUUUGUGAUGGGAAUUGUUGCAAUGGUUAGGCUAUCAAAAGACGUUCCACGCAAACUCACUGAGGCUGCAUUAUAUGGAAACUCUGUCUGUUAUGAAGAAUCUACAAAGUCUAAGCAGAAUCAAGGUCAAUUCGCAGCACCAGUCUCGAGCUCAGAGUAUAUGUUGAUGGUGAAACGUAUGGCUGAGCUGGAAGAUAAGUGCAUGUUCCUUGACUUGAAACCUGCUCAUGUCGAAUCUGAGAAAGAGGAGAAACUUCAGGCCGCGCUUAAUCGUGUUCAAGUGCUUGAGCAAGAAUUGACUGAGACCAAGAAGGCUUUGGAAGAAGCUCUUGUGAGUCAGAAGGAGAUUUUGGCAUAUAUCGAGAAAAAGAAGAAGAAGAAGAAGCUGUUUUUCGGGUUCUAACUCCGUGAAUGGAAAGAACAUGAGAUUAUAAAGCAAGAGGCUGAAUCAAACUAAAAGAGUUUGUUUGUGAUUUUGUUUUUCAAAUGAGGUAUAGAUUCAGCUUUAAAGCAACAGACUUGUACAUUUAUCUGAAGUGAAAACUAUAUUUAUCUUUUUGGCUGUGACAUUGUUUGUGUGUGCGUUUUCUAAUUUCUCUAUGGAUUUUCUGUGAUUUUAUCCACGUGAUUAAAGGAUAAUCUACGUU